ACGAAGGUGUCCAUGUCUGAAUGAAAAGAGGGAUUUCAACAUCUAGCGCCUGUGAUCCCCGGGACCAAAGAUGUUUAUGACCCCCGGGAUAUUAAGUACUAUUGUUCUAGUACUAGGACUGUAUGUAGAUUUCUCGGAUGAAAAAGUUUGUGAAAGAAAUGACCUUGCCGUAAUAUUUUUCUGCUGCAUCGAGAUGUGAAGGGCCUCCUGUAUGUUGUUCAGUGAGCUCGUUUGAAGUCAUCUGAAGUAUACCGAUGUCCAGCUGGCUUGUCUGGUACAAUGUACACACACAAUAGCCAUUGUUACCGGUAUGUGGACACCACAGCAACCUGGGAUGAGGCUAGUGCGGACUGUUCCUCUACCGAUGGCGGCCAUCUUGUGGUGAUUUUGGAUCAAUCGACACAAAACUUCAUUGCGUCAUUACCUUUCUCUGCCAAUACGUACCAGAUCUGGAUAGGGUUUUCAGAUCGAAGUCAGGAGCAGCAUUGGAAAUGGGUCACAGGGGAAGAAUGGAGUUAUGACUUCUGGUAUACUGGAUAUCCUAAAUUAUGUUACGGACCCAAUGAUGUCUGUCCAGAGGAUUGUGCAUACAUGCGGAAAUCGGACGGACGAUGGCGAGAAGAUCAUUGUAAUAAUAAUCACAUCAGAUAUCAGUACAUCUGUCAGUAUGACAUGGGACCACCGACUACAGCGACAACUAAACCAACGACAACUACUACCACAACAACCAAACCAACGACAACUACUACCAUGACGACCAAACCAACGACAACUACUACAACAUCUCAUACAACAAGUAAAGAUACAACAACAGUGUUACCGCUAACGACAGUUACCAGAACUACAACCAGUACGCCUGCCAUAACUGUUACCAUGACAACAGAACCAUCUACAACUACUGAGCCAAUGGUCGCUGGGAUGGGUCAGUUACAAGAUGGAGACAAAUCUCUGUCGACUGGUGGCCUUAUUGGACUCCUUCUCAUGUUGAUCAUCCUUAUUCUGCUGAUCCUGGUGGUCCUCCUGAUAAUAAUCCGUCGGCGAAACAGAAGGAAGCGAUAUGAAGCAGAGGACAUUUCUGUGAGGUUCCAGAACCAUACAUAUAACACAAAUCAACCAAACAAUUCAUUUCUUGAUGGACAGAUCGGGACUAGUGUACAUUCUGUUGGAAACAUAUACGAGACACCACAACUUAAACAUUGUAACGAAUCCCUCUACCACGACAAAAGUUACGAAACACCAGUCAACCGUGACACUUUAUGUUGUAAGGGACAACACAGCCAUUACGAUUUAGUGAAGGAGUCUGACAUGGUCGACCUACCCGAAGCCCUCUACCACGACAAAAGUUACGAAACACCAGUCAGCCGUGACACUUUAUGUUAUAAGGGGCAGGACAACCAUUACGAUUUAGUGAAGGAGUCUGACACGGUCGACUUACCCGACAAAUAUUCAAGCUAUUCUGAGGUUGAUUUUCAAAAACCUGGAUGUGUUGAUGUGCGGAGUUGUGGUGUGAGUAGCAGAGUUGAUGAUCCUACAUAUUCCAAUGACCAGACAGAGGCCAGUGAUCCAAUCUUAGAAAAUCGAAAUAACGAGGAAUUACUACGAUACUUUGAGGAAUACAACAAAGUUCCGACUGGAUAUGACAACAAUUUAUAUGUUGAUUAUAAAAACAAGCCAUUGUAAUAUGUUUACAUUUCCGUCUGCCUUAUCAGAGUUGUGAACACAGAGUUAAAAAACACGAUGCCGUAUUAGACCUUUUUAGACUACUUAAUACACAUUGUAUGUUCCAGAAGCCAUUUAAUGGACAAGGAUUUUUGAUUCAAUAUAUGUUGUAGUUUACAUGGAAUAAGCAAUAUAUACUUGUAUAUCUAAAUGUGAUAAACCAGCAUUGUUUCAAUGCACUGUAUUUUUGUACAAUUAAAAUCAACAAAAACAGAAAACUUG